ACUUUUACUCCCCUUUAAGGCUGCCUGGUUACGGUCCUGGGAAAGAAAACCCCUGCAUUCCUCCCCUUUAACUGGGUUUAUUGUUAAAGCUCCGGGCAGCUAAUCCUCACAGACCUGUAGGAGCAGGCUUGCUGACCAAGACCACGUCUGGAGCACCCUCAUUCUGAGUCCCUGGCCCCUGCCAAUCUCUCCUGGCUCAUGUGGUCUUAAGGCUUCCCAAGCAGCUUCAACUCUGGAGGGGAUGGGGCGAAAGGAGGAGGAGGAGGACGACGACUGUGGUUCCUGGAAGAAACAGACCACCAAUAUCAGGAAAACCUUCAUAUUCAUGGAAGUGCUGGGAUCAGGAGCCUUCUCAGAGGUGUUCCUGGUGAAGCAGAGAGUGACUGGGAAACUUUUUGCCCUGAAGUGCAUCAAGAAGUCACCGGCCUUCCGGGACAGUAGCCUAGAGAACGAGAUUGCUGUGUUGAAAAGGAUCAAGCACGAGAACAUCGUGACCCUGGAGGACAUCUACGAGAGCACCACCCACUACUACCUGGUCAUGCAGCUUGUUUCUGGGGGUGAGCUUUUUGACCGGAUCCUGGAGCGUGGUGUCUACACAGAGAAAGAUGCCAGCCUGGUCAUCCAGCAGGUCUUGUCGGCAGUGAAAUACCUCCAUGAGAAUGGCAUCGUCCACAGAGACCUCAAGCCCGAGAACCUGCUGUACCUCACCCCUGAGGAGAACUCCAAGAUCAUGAUCACUGACUUCGGACUAUCUAAGAUGGAGCAGAAUGGAGUCAUGUCCACAGCCUGUGGGACCCCAGGCUACGUGGCUCCAGAAGUGCUGGCUCAGAAGCCCUACAGUAAGGCUGUGGACUGCUGGUCCAUCGGUGUCAUCACGUACAUACUGUUGUGUGGGUAUCCUCCUUUCUAUGAAGAAACGGAAUCAAAACUUUUUGAGAAGAUCAAAGAAGGCUACUAUGAGUUUGAGUCUCCGUUCUGGGAUGACAUUUCUGAGUCAGCCAAGGAUUUCAUUUGCCAUCUGCUGGAGAAGGACCCAAAUGAACGGUACACCUGCGAGAAGGCCCUAAGGCACCCCUGGAUUGACGGGAACACGGCCCUGCACCGGGACAUCUACCCAUCUGUCAGCCUCCAGAUUCAGAAGAACUUUGCCAAGAGCAAAUGGAGGCAAGCCUUCAACGCGGCCGCAGUGGUACACCACAUGAGGAAACUGCACAUGAACCUGCACGGCCCCAGUGUCCGCCCAGAGGUGGAGAACAGGCCGCCUGUAUCCCCAGCUCCUGAAGUCUCCAGAACAAGCUCCCAUGACAGUACCAUCACAGAGGCCCCCAUCCUGGACCCAAGCACACCCCUUCCUGCACUGACCCGACUGCCCUGCCUGCACAGCUCCCGGCCUUCAGCUCCUGGUGGCCGCUCACUCAACUGCCUGGUCAAUGGCUCCCUACGCAUCAGCAGUAGCCUGGUGCCCAUGCAGCAGGGCCCCCUAGCCACUGGGCCCUGCGGCUGCUGCUCCAGCUGUCUAAAUAUCGGGAACAAGGGGAAGUCCUCCUACUGCUCCGAGCCCACCCUCUUCAGAAAGGCCAACAAAAAACAGAACUUCAAGUCGGAGGUCAUGGUACCAGUGAAAGCGGGUGGCAACUCCCACUGCCGGGCGGGGCAAACGGGGGUGUGUCUCAUCAUGUGAUCCCAGGAGACCAUGAGGUUUUUAGGAGUCUUGUCUGACUCUCCCCUGCCUUUCUAAGCUGGCAUCUGCCCGGAGGAGGACGGAGAGCAGUGGAGCCAGGAUGGCGGGAGCAGCGUCUGGUUUGAAACAGUAGCCUGAUGCUGCCUGGGGCAGACUCUCAGAGGAAGUCACAGAGGAGCCCCAAGGCAUGGACAUUCCCUGAGACCAGGGGCAGGAUGGUGGCAUCCCAACCUCCAGGUCUCCCAGCCUUCCCAUCCCACAUCCCCUCAUCCUGCGUGCAGUGGCCCUGUGCAGUGUCCCUAGAUAGCGCUCAUCUGGGUCUGUGUUGUUUGUUGUGAAAAGCUUAUGGGCUGGCCAGGCUGUGCCACUUCCUCCGAGCAAAGCCAUAAGGAGUCUGACUCCGACUCCCUGCUCUGCAUCCUCACUCCUGCCCCUCUGGCAGUGCAGCCAGACUGGGCUCAUUACCAUAGUACCUGCCUCUUCGCAUGAAUGCCAGGCUGCUCCCAGAGGCCUGGGGGCACUCACCACUCUAGGCCUUCCGUCCAGGACUAGCUUCCCACUGCGCAGAGACUCAGAACGCUUCAGAGUUCUCCCUGCCUCUGAAGCACGGCAGUGCCCAUCCUCCACUGUGGAGGAGAGAAAGCCAAGACCAUGGACUGUGAGCUCUUCUCUCCCAGCCGCACACCUCACACACCACUAAGGAAGAAUUAGGGGAACUGUUUUCAUGUCUGCCAGGUCACCUGUCUUGGCUUCCUCUUCUCCCCUGAAAGUCAGAUGCAUCGUUCUGUCUGUCUGUGUUUCUUGCCGUCACACCCUCAAGCUUUAUGCUCUGUGUU